UUAACUAACACCCGACACAAGCAAACCAAAAGGGAAAACCCCUCAGAAAAUAAAAAAGGAGGAAAAAAAAGAAAACGAAAAAAAAGAAAGGGUUCUGUUCCCUUCUCCGCAUCUCUUCUCUCUCUCUCUCUCUCUCUCUCUCUCUCCCCUCACAAAAUCCCCAAAACUCGAAGAGCGAUCGACCAUGGCGAAAGGGGAGCGCGGCGAAGAGGACUACUCCAGGCUCCGAGACGUGCGAGUAAGCCUCGAUCGAGUGGCUGCGGCAGCAGAAGCAGAAGCGGAAGCGGAAGCCGAAGGCGGCGGCGGCGGCGGCGGCGGCUUCUCCCUCUGCUUUUGGCUUUACCUCUCGAGCUCCGCACGACCUUCCUCGGUGAUCCUUCGACAGACGACUUCAGAUGUUCGAGGAAGUAUGUCCCUUCUACGCUCUGAGCGAGGACAAACUGAUUCUCUUUCCUUGUGGUGCUCUACAAAGAAGAAGCUUCAUUCUGCUGGUAGCUCCUUUCCAAUGGACUGA